UCAUUGUAAAUUCGUAGUAUAUAGGUUGUAGUUGAGUUGUAAUUAGAGUAGUUAUAGUAGAAUAGUAGAAGAUGUAAGUAGUUUUGUAGUUAGUAUGGUUCCAUAUUGGUUUAAGUAGUACAUAGCAGUAGUAGAGGUAGUUCGAUAGUAGAGUAGUAGUAGAAGAAGUAGACAAAAACGUUUUAACAAAACAAUCUUUGCAGAAAGCAAGAGUUUGAGUGUAACGGCAUAAAGAGUAUAUCUUGUAUCAAAUCAAAUCAAAUCAAAUCAAAACGAAACAAAACAGUCUAAAACUAAAUAAAAUCAGAGAACGCAACUCAACGCAAUGCUAGUUAGGCUCAAUUCUAGACGAAAGAGUUCUAAAAUUGUUGUCGUAGUUAGCGUGUUUUAACCAAACGAAAUCAAGUUGUGCGGAAAUUGUUCGAUAAGUGUGGCGCCAACUUGUGGGUCGAACUAAUAUUACUGACUUUUUUUUAUCUUGCUGCCAAUUGAGUGCUAGCAGUUAAUUUAGUUGAAAUCGAAUGUUUAAGGCCUGAGCAUUGUUAAAUGCCUUGGGACCGCUGCCAAGUCUUACCCCCCAUUGUUUUCCUGAGUAUACACAAUAAACCGAACGAAAAGCGCUUUGAUGCAACUACUUUUAUGAACUGAAUGAUUUUCUUUCUUCAAGGCGUGCGUUUGCGAAUAGAUUCUGAGGUAGCGUGGCAAACUAUGAGAUACUGAAACUUAAGGGGUUGCUGAGAUACUGAGCGAAAUACUAGCAUUGUCCCAAUCAAAAGGUGUUGAUUGCAAUUUGGAAUUUCGGAUUUCGAUGUGGACUAAACGAUGCCAUCGAUUUACUUCUGAUUCUAGUGGGAAUGCAUGUCCAAAAUAUAUGGGCUGGACGCUGUGAGUUGCAUCAAGACUAAGGCAUACGAGAUAUACGAUAUACGAGGACUGAGUAAAGUAAAUAAUAAGCGUGGAAAAGUUCAAUAAGCGCCUUGGCUGGAUGCAGGUGCAUUGGACCACCAGCUCCCCCGUAGAUGUAAACAAUCUGGAAGAAAACUUCGGCUAUCGACUGCGUGUAAAAGCCCUGAGAGUUUCGGAGGAUGGGCGUCGCUACGUGCCCUUGGCUAUUUCGCCGGAUAUAAUUGCUUGCACCACAGCAGCUUUGCCUUCAACCAGUUGCUUAAACCGAGCCAUCAGAAAGGGCCAGCAAUUUCUGGUCAAACGGAUGCUGCGGCGAAGACCCAGCCUAGUCGAGUACCCCGCACCCAACGGAUUUCUGCCGCUGGCCAAUGCGAUUAUUCAGGGCGAGAUGUGCAUCAUCGACGUGCUGCUCUCAGCCGGCUGCAGCGUUCACCUGGGCAAUCCGGGAAGUGGGCGGACCCCCUUGCAUCUGGCCUUCUACCACGGUCACCUGCCGUCGGCGCGCAUUUUGCUGAACAAGAAGGCCAACCUGGAGGCCACGGACGGCAAUGGUAUGACCCCAGCCCACUGCGCCGUCGAUGCCAACCAGCUGGAAAUGGUCAAAUUCGCCCUCGAGUCGGGCGCCAAUGCGGAGGCCAGGGACAUCUGCGGCUGGACCCUGCUCAUGCGGGCAGUGGUUAUGAACGCUAGCCUGGAGCUCAUCAAAGUCCUCGUUACCCACGGCGCAGACCUGGCGGCUUUGGAUGGCGUCGGCAAAUCCUGCACCGACUUGGCCAAACUUUAUCGCAGGCAGGAGGCAGAGGAUCACUUUGACAAGGUGCAAAAGUUUAGGCUGCAAAAGUCUGUCGCGACCGCAGACGCGGUAACAAAAGCACAACUGCAGCAAUGAGCCGCACAAAAGAAGUUCCCGGAAUGGAAUAGAUGUGGAAAGGAAAAGCAAGGAAACGCCCUAAUGAGGAUUUGAAAUAAUCGCAAUGUACUGAAA